AUGGAUGCCGUUUCUCUUUACUUUUUCACUCUCAUAGUCAUUUUAAUGGUGUCAUUGUUCAUAGUUUUCCUCAACAGGCGUUACUCUAAUAAUAAUCAAAACGUCCCACCGGGUUCAACCGGGUAUCUGAUAAUUGGAGAAACCAUCGGUUUCAGCAUUCUUGGACCCGAAAAAUUCAUCGCGCAGAGAAUGAAAAAAUACUCUGCACAAGUAUUCAAAACUUCCUUGUUCGGAGAAAAAAUGGUCGUCGUUUGUGGACCACCUGGUAACAAAUUCGCAUUCUUCAGCGGCUCAGACUUCAUUCUUCCGUUCUUCCCAUAUCCGGUUGCGAAACUGUUCGAUUCGUUAGAUUCAAACGGCCGCUUAAACAGAGAAUCAUACACGAAAGGUCGUGGUUUCAUUCAUGAAAUCCUGAGGUACGAUGUUUUAAAACAUUACAUACCGAUUGUGGAUUCCAUGGCUCGCGAAUAUCUAAACUCGGAUUGGUUACCGUUUACCGGAAGUCACGGUUUAUGCUUCGACGCAAAAAUAUGUGCUUUCAAUGGCUUGCAAGUUACUUUUAGGCUUAGAAUAUCCUGGUGA